UGGUUUCGGUAGGUACAACAAUCAUACACAACUUAUGCAGCACAACACUCAGGAUGGAUACAACAACACUCUUGAUGCAAGCCACUGUAGGUUUUGUUGCAUCAGUACUUCUGUUAUAUACCUUAUGGUCAUCAAGAACCAACAAUCAUCUCGAUGAAAAGAAGACACAAGCGCCUAAAGUGAAUGGGGCUUGGCCAAUCUUAGGCCACCUUCCACUUCUUGCAUUCGCAGGUACAGAUGGUUAUAGGACCCUGGGAAAUGUAGCUGAGAAAUACGGACCCGUGUUCAGAAUUCAGCUUGGCUUGCAGAAUGUACUUGUCGUGAGUAGCAAGGAAGCAGUCAUGCAGACUAGUAAUGACAUGAGUUUCAUGGGCCGUCCUGAAGUUCUCCACUCGAAAGAGGGCUUUUAUGGCGGAUUUUAUGCAUUAUCCUCUUAUGGUCCUUACUGGCAGGAGAUGCGCAAGAUUUCCAACCGUGAGCUUCUGUCAAAUACCCGCGUGGAACUCCUCAAACCUGUGAGAGCUUCAGAGGUGACAACAUGCAUCAAAGAAUUGUACGCGUUCUGCUGCAACGAUGGGAUAGGAGGUUCAGCCAAUGUAGACAUCGGUAAAUGGUGCCAACAAGUGUUAUUCAAUAUGCUAGCACAGGUGGUUGCUAGGAAGCGGUAUAGCAGUACUGGUAAAAAUGAUUCGGAUGAGGAGUUGAGGUGUUUAAAAAGAGCAUAUAGAGAUUUUUUCGACAUGCUAGAUAAUUUUAAAGGGAUACCAUUUACAGGAUGGAUGAAUUUUAAAGGAAAUUGGGCCAAGAAAAAGACAGACAAGGAGUUUAAUAUCAUUCUGAAUUCUUGGAUAGAUGAUCAUAUGCAACAAAGAGGAAAACAGAACCAUUUUAAUGAGGAUCGCGACACCAUUGAUGUCAUGAUAUCGUUGUUUGAAGAAUCUGAUGGUUCUUUUCAUGGCUACAAUACUAAUGAUGUUCUGAAGGCAACUAUAGCAGGUGUUAUAAUCGCAGGAACAGAUACCAAUUAUGCAACCAUCACUUGGGCACUUGCAUUAGUUUUAAAGCACAAAGAAGUUCUGAAAAAGGCCCAAGAAGAGCUUGACAUCCAUGUUGGAAAACAACGAUGGGUAGAAGAAUCGGAUAUCAAACAACUGACAUACCUCCAAGCAAUUCUAAAAGAAACAUUCCGACUCUACCCUGCUGGUCCCUUGUCAAUCCCUCGCGAGGCCUUAAAAGAUACCACCGUAUCAGGUCAUUAUGUCCCGAAAGGAACUAUCUUAUUGGUGAAUAUCUGGAAACUGCAACGAAACCCUGGAACAUGGACUGACCCUGAUGAAUUUCAACCAGAGAGAUUCCUGACUUCUCAUGCAGGAUUUGAUAUAAAAAGCCAACAAUACGACUUGAUUCCUUUCAGCGCAGGAAAGAGAUCAUGUCCAGGAAUGACAACCAGUCUGCAGAUGCUACUGCUGAUACUAGCCCGUUUGCUUCAAGGAUUCAAGCUGGCUACUCCCACGAAUGAACCAAUUAAUAUGAGUUCCGGACCAGGGAUUAGCAUGCAUAAAAAAUAUCCAUUAGAAGUCAUGCUUACUCCACGCCUCCCAGAUCAUCUUUACAAUUAAGAAUCGACGCAAUAUUAUGUUUGUUAUCAAAUAAAGUUAAAUAAUCUUGUAAAAAGUAAGUUUAUCUUGCUUUUUAUCUUGCCUUGUAAUUCACCAUCAAAUUAAUCUGUAUGUGAUUUGUAAGUUAAAGUAAUAAACUGCGAGAACUCUUCCAUGUUUUCUGCAAAUAUUAUUCUUGUUUCCUCA